GAGAACAAAACUGGACAGAAGGAGGCUCAUGAAAUGUUCCACCGAAGGGAAAAUUAGGACUUUUUUUCUGUGAGAAAAGCUGCUCAAGGCGGAUUGCUGAAAUUAAUUUUAUUACAACAGUGAUAAAUAUCCAGGAAAUAAGUCAUGAGAGACUAGAGGGACUACUGGUCUCAGGAUGACCGUCACUUAUUCCAGUAAAGUAGCCAACGCCACCUUCCUCAGUUUCCAUCGGCUGCUGCUGCGUUGGAAGGGGAGCAUCUACAAGCUGCUGUACCGAGAGUUCAUCCUGUUCGCUUUUCUCUACACAGUCCUCAGCAUCGUAUACAGGCUUAUCCUCUCCGAGCAGCAAAAGAGAUUGUUUGAGAAGCUUUCCAUGUACUGUGACAGAUACGCUGAGCAGAUACCUGUCACCUUUGUCCUAGGUUUUUAUGUGACUCUAGUGGUGAAUCGUUGGUGGAAUCAGUUUGUUAACCUUCCGUGGCCUGACAGACUCAUGUUUUACAUCUCCAGCUGUGUUCAGGGUAAAGAUGAAUAUGGCCGCCUUCUGCGACGAACGCUGGUACGUUACGUCAACCUGACAUCGCUGCUCAUCUUCCGAUCCGUCAGCACAGCCGUCUGCAAGCGUUUUCCCACCAUCGACCAUGUGGUUGAGGCAGGUUUUAUGACUCCAGAGGAAAGGAAAGUGUUUGAGAACAUACGUUCUCCUCACCUGAAGUACUGGAUUCCUGUGGUCUGGUUCUCCAACCUGGCGUCUAAAGCUCGGCAGGAAGGACGUAUCCAAGACAGCAUAGACCUGCAGAACAUCCUCAAUGAGAUGAAUCUCUUCAGGACAUGGUGUGCGACUCUUUUUGGCUACGACUGGGUCGGCAUCCCCCUCGUUUAUACUCAGGUUGUUACUCUUGCUGUUUACACCUUCUUCUUCGCUUGUCUGAUUGGUCGGCAGUUUCUUGACCCCGCCCAGGGUCAUCCCGGCCACGACCUUGAUCUUUACAUCCCCAUCUUCACCUUGCUGCAGUUCUUCUUCUACUCUGGAUGGCUGAAGGUAGCAGAGCAGCUCAUAAACCCUUUUGGAGAGGACGAUGACGACUUUGAGGCUAACUGGAUCAUUGACAGGAACCUCCAGGUCUCUCUGCUGGCUGUGGACGAGAUGCACAUGAACCUUCCUCACAUAACCAAAGACAUCUACUGGAACGACUGCGACGCACGGCCGCCGUACACGCUGGCAGCUGCAGAUUACUGCAUCCCUUCCUUCCUCGGCUCCACCACCGACAUGGGACUCUCCAACAUCCUGCACGUUGAUGAGGCUGAUGUUGUUGACACUCAUCCACAGCAACUGGAAUCUGCUUUGCCUCGACGCCAAGAGUCGGUUCUGGGUCGAGUCCGUCGACUGCUUAGUGUUCAGGAGCCUCCUGAUCUCAGACAUCCUCGGCCUGUCUUCAAACGACACAGCAGCGAUGCGACUAGCAGCUUUUUCCCAGACUUAAGAUUCAGGGUCAAUCCGGAUCCAGUGGAAACAGCUCCACCCUUCUCCUUGGUCAUACCCCCAACUUCCAAGGACACCCUGUCCACUUUAAGGGAAGUCAGCAGCAACCCACCUUCACCCGAGAGUCCGUCCUCGAUGGUCUUCCCCUGGCUCGUCAUCAGCCCGCCCUUGUCCAGUGAAACCGGUCACGAUGAAGAUUCGUUUGGCAAACAUCAGAAUGGUCUGAAUUCCUCCCCAGCUGGAGAGGCACCCUUGAUGGAAACCCCAAGCAUUUCCAGACCUGACUCUAGCUGCUGCUCUCCAACUCAACUGGGACCCAAGGAGUUUCGCUGGACAACACUUAAUACUAAGAAUGGCCCACCAACCCGUCCACGGGGGCGUCAGUUCUCGUUCCAGUUCUCCAGGCAGACUUCGAAGGCAUCAAUCCGCAGCCUGCCCAGUCCAAAGGCCCUGGGGCGACGGAGGAGAGGUCUAGGUCGAUUCCAGUCCCGACGAUCGCCCGGUCCAACCCCCGACACCCUCCAGCUCCCCCAGCCUGAAUAUGAUCACGACUUCGAAGGGACAGCUGAGAGUGAGGAUGAUGAGAAGGAAGGAGCCAACCACAGUGAAGACCUCAAAAUCAGUGACUCUCAAUCACAGAAAUCAGAGAAGAAAUGACAAUUUUGUAGCAUAAAAAACAAAUAGCGCCAACCUCCAGCAGGAGUUCCCAUUUUAUCCACAUGGAGAACUUAGAAAGUGGCUUCGGAUUUGUUGGCCUGAGCCAACGACUUAAAGGCUGGACACCAACCUCUGACAGGCUGUCUUGACUUCAGCUUGGGUUUAAUAUUUGGUAUUAGCUUUGCCACUGGAGACGAACCAUUAAAGUGUGAUUAUGGUGUUUUUCUACCUGGUAGAUUUGCCUUGAAGGCCUAUUUUGUGAUUUUGUUUUGUCUCUUUUGCAGAGACUGUAGGCAAAUAGGAGGUUGAAGUAAAUCAGUUCUACCUUAUUGAUGGAACUCUAAAGGAUGCAAAAGCAAAUUAAGGAAUUUUUUCCAAAACAAAGAGGAACAAUUCAACAAAAAUGUGACUAUUUGAGAAGACGCCUGCAAGCAUGUGCCAUUUAUAAAUUUGUGAUGAAGAGUAAAUCUCAGAAGUCCAGUCGGAGGGCGCCCAAGGCCAGUCAUUCUCCAACACACCUGAAUCAAAUGAAUUCCCUCAUGUGCAUGUCAUUCAGCUCUGCAGAGGCCUGGCAAUGAGCCAUUCAAGUGGCAAAAACAGGAACCAUAAAGGCGGAUUUAUGCUUGCGCGGGGUCUGCAUGCGGUUGGUUAUGGCGUAGUUGAUGCUGGUAAAGAGAUUACCUCCGUGUAACCGUCUGCGUAGCAGGGGUGCACAUCAGGUCUGGAAGAGGUGCCGAUCAAGCCUCUGCAGACCUACAUGGCGCCUACGGCGGUUAUGCAGACGCCAUGCGAGAUUAAAUCCACCUCAACGCUUACUAAAGUACUCAGGGGGUAUAAGAGUAAAAUCUUGUGUCUUUACAUGAAUACUGUUUGUAAAUGAAUGAAUAAACUAUCAGUUCUGCUAUGAAUCUCUAGCUACACUUCCAAUAUCAAUAAAUAUGGAAGAAUAAAUAUACGGAUGGGUCACCAGAGAAGAAAAAUGGCAUCACCUUGUUAAUUAUCAACAGUUAUUGAUGGUUAUUUGUUCUUAUAGUGAGUCAAGAAUGGUCUGUGAUUUGUAGCCUGGCAAGGAUUAUAAAUGCUUUUUAAUUGCUCAAAACAUAUUGAUCAAACUGCUAUAUAACUAGUUGGUUAUUAUUCAAUGGGAUGUUUGGCACGGGCAAAGCCCACUCUGUCCUGUCCUUUGUCGAAGAUGCUGUAGUACUCAGUCAGAAAUACGUCUCCCAGAAUCCACAGAGGACCUUCGGGGGAAAUGAUGUCCACAGACAUGAAACCACUGAAA